UCGGGGGGGUCCGUCCGUUCGUGCGGAGGAGGGGCUGGCGCGGUGUCCAUCUGUCCGUCAUGGAAUGUGUGCCUCGGGGAUCUCUGUCUGUCUGUCUGGGGGCAUCCCACCCCCGUGGGGUCUGUCUGUCUGCUAGGGUGUCCCUCUGCCCUUCCAGGUGUCUGGCUGUUCAUCAGGACACCUCUGUCUAUUGGGUGUCUGUCCGUCUUCCUGGGUGUCCAUUUAUCGGAGUGUCUGUCCAUGGGGGUGUUCCCUUACCCAUAGAGGUCUCCACCUGUAUGUGGGGGUGUCAGUCCAUCCUCUGGGUGACUGCCUGUCCAUUGUGGCAUCUGUCUCCCUGGUGAGGUGCCCCUCUGUCCAUCUGGGUGUCCAUCGGGGUGUCCAUUUGUCCAUCUGGGUGUGUUCAGUUGUCCUUCUGUGUGUCUGUUGGGGCAUCUGUCUGUCCUUCUGAGUGUCCAUCCGUCCAUCACGGUGUCCCUCUGUCCAAUGGGUUGUCCCUCUGUCCUUCUGGGUACCUGUCCAGAUAUCGGUCUGUCUUUCUGAGUGUCUCAUUGUUUAUCGAGGUGUCCAUCGGGGUGUCCACUUGUCCUUCUGUGUAUCUGUUAGGGCAUCCAUUUGUCCUUCAGGGUAAUAAUCUGUCCACUGGGGUGUCCUUGACCUGGCUCUCCAUCCUUUGCGUCCAUCUCAUGGUGUCCCCCAUCCGUCCAUCCACAGGUCCAUCCAUCCACCCAUCUCUGCCACCCCAACGCCAUGUACACCGCACUCCCCAAAAGUGGUUCCCCUUUCGGCCCUGCAGCCGCUCUCCCGGGGCUGCACAUCUGGCGGGUGGAGCAGCUGCGGCCCGUGGAGGUCCCCGAGGCUGCCCGGGGGAUUUUCUUCUCUGGGGAUUCUUACCUGGUGCUGCACAACGGGCCAGAGGAGCGCGCCCACCUCCACCUGUGGAUGGGCCGGGACUCCUCGCAGGACGAGCGGGGCGCCUGUGCCCUCCUCUCCACCCAGCUGAGCUCGCUGCUGGGCGAGCGCCCCGUCACACACCGUGAGGUGCAGGGCAACGAGUCUGACCUCUUCAUGGAGUACUUCCCCCACGGCCUCACCUACCAGCAGGAAGGUGGUGUGGCCUCAGCAUUCAAGCCCACCUGGCCCAGCCCCAGCCCUGGCCCUGCACCCAAACUGUACCAGGUGAAGGGCAAGAGGAAGAUCCGGGUGAGUGAGCGAGACCCAGCCUGGGCCAGCUUCAACACCGGGGACUGCUUCCUCCUCGACCUGGGACAAACCCUUUUCGUGUGGUGUGGGGCCCGGAGCAACGUCCUGGAGCGCAGCAGGGCGCAGGAGCUGGCUGUGGCCAUCCGGGACAGCGAGCGGGGUGGCAAGGCGCGCCUGGAGAUCGUGGUGGAUGGCGAGGAGCCACCCGAGAUGGUCCAGGUGCUGGGCCCCAAGCCCCCCUUGCAGGAGGGCAGCCCCGAGGAGGACGUGGCAGCCGACCGGAGCAACAUGGGGGCAGCUGUGCUCUACAAGGUGUCGGACGUGACGGGGCGCAUGGACCUGACCCAGGUGGCCGCUGGCAGCCCCUUCAGCCAGAGCCUGCUCUGCCCCGAUGACUGCUUCGUGCUGGACAACGGCGCUGGCGGGAAGGUCUACGUCUGGAAAGGGCGCAAGGCCAAUGAGCAGGAGCGCCGGGCAGCCCUCAGGGUGGCCGAGGAGGUGAUCGCCCGCAUGGGCCACCCGCCCCAGACACAGGUGGAAAUCCUACCCCAGGGCUGCGAGACGCCCCUUUUCAAACAGUUCUUCACCAGCUGGAAGUGAGCAGCAGGUGCCCAUGGGGCCAGUGCCCAGCCCACGGUGUCACCAGGCUUAUGCUGGCUGUGCCAGCUCCCCGCAAUGCUUGUGCCCUGCCCAGCCAUCCCUGUCACUGUGCCAUCCCUAUGCCUGUGUCUUUGCCCAUCCCAUCCCUGUGCCAUUGUCACUCACAUCCUUGUGCAUCACAUCCUUGACAACCCAUGCCAAGCCCAUGCCAUCUCCAUUGCUGUGCUAUCCCUGUGCCUUUGCCCACCCCGUGUCCUUGCCACAACCAUCUCCUGCCAUCCCCAAGCCCAUGUCAUCCCCAUUCCUGUGCCAUUCCCUGUGUCAUCCCCAUCCCUUUGCCCCUCCCAUGCCCACAUCAUCCCUGUCCAUCCCUGUGCCAUCCCCAUGUCCACAUCACUUCCUUCCCCAUCCCUAGCUCAUCCCCAAGUCCAAGCCAUCUCCUUCUUAUGCCAACCCCAUCCCAUGCCAUCCCUCCUCCACACCAUCCCCAAACCCAUGUCAUCCCUGCCCCUGUGCCAUCCUGUCCUCUCCACUCCUUUGCCCACCCUGUGCCUAUCUCCAUCCCCAUCCCUACACCAUCCCAAGCCAUGCCAUGCCCACAAUACACCUUCCCCCCACCACUGCUGCCAUAACUGGGCCACCUGCACCCCCUGACCACCUUCCUGAGUGUGCCUGUGCCACACUGUGCCCACCCCGUGCCCAUGCAUCUCACCCCUUGCCCAGGCCCCGGAGAAUAAAGGGACAGUGCUGCAUCCUGUGUCUGGCUGCUCUGGGUGUGGUACCAGCCCUGGGGAUGGGGGGACACUAGGGGACUCAGGACAGGGCAAUGGCCCUGCAGGGGAUGAAGGUGUCCCCACCACCCUGGUGUGAUGACACCCCACACGACACCCUACAGGGCCACCUGUGUCACCAGGGCACCAGCCCUCUGCCCCAUGAGGUGAUACCCACAGCUACAGGAUGUCCCCAGGGGCUGGCAGCACCCAGAGUGACCAGGAGCCUCAGUCCUUGUGUGACCACCUGACCCUGAAGUGGUUGGGAAAGGUGGGAGAUGGCUCCCAACUGGCUGCCACCCUGCAUCCCCCACGUCCCCAAAUCACCUGUGUGCUCAAGUCCCUGAUACCUCCAAAUGCCCAGUGUACCUCCAUGUCCACAUCCUCGAAUGUCCCACCCUCUGCUCUCUCCACAGUCCCUGCAUCCCUAAUGUCCCCAGUGUCCCCAAACCUCCAGUGUCACCAACAACACCCCCAAAUCCCCUCACCAAAUCCCCCUCACCCUGGGGCCAGCCAGACCCUGCAACCCCCAUCACUGCUGGCUGCUCCCUCCCUCAUUAGACCCAGAUAAUUAGUGUUGGAAUUAAUUAUGUCCCCAGUUACCCCUCCCUUGGCCCCUGCUCAUGACAACCUGAUGUGACAACACAUCUGGCAUUAGGGGCACCAAACCCCUGGCAUUUCACCCCAAUUCCCACCCACAUCCUGUGGCAUCCAUCACCAAGGAAAAGCCCUUUUAUUGUAGCUGGGGAGGGCCUGAGGUGGGGGGAGAGGGAGGGGGAAGGAGCCCAGGGGAGGGACUCAGAGGAGCCACCAUGUUCCCCAGUGGGAGGGGUGGGUGAGCCAGGACCCCCCAACACCCCAAACCCCAUCCUCUCCUACUCCUAAAGUGACACUGAGGUGGGAAACUCAAUGUGGGGGAGAGGCUGGGCUUUUCCUUGUUCACAGUGAAUUUGGGGUAAUGGGGGAGGUCACACCCGCUUGGCCUGGCUGGAUCUGCACUGUAGGGGAGCUUAUUCACUCCCAAUUUAAAUCCCUGGAGCAUGAUUUGGGGAGAGGGAAGGGAAACCCUCUGGUGGGGAGAGCAGGGAGGAAAACAGGUUCACGUGUGGCGAGCUCGGGGUGGUCAGGGUUGGGGGGGGAACAGAGCCAGGAUUCAGCUCUCCUGGUGAUGCCAAAACCAUUCUGAUGAGCUUUG